CUCAAGUAGCUGGGCGCCAGGCUAAAAAGUUUUUUUUUUUAACUCUUGCUACGUUGAAGGGGGCAAAAGUCGGAAUUGUUCAGUCCGACACAAAACGUUUUUUGUUUGUCCACUCUAGACAAAUGGCUGGUUUUUCCGUUUGGCGUGUUAUUUGUAUUUGAUCUUUCGAACCGAUCACUUCGUCCUUCAGUGCCCAUUCAGUUGGUGUUGGCGGUUUCCGUCUCUUAUUUUUAAUAAUUAUUUAGGAACACAACAGUUUCCUCAUUUUCAAGAAUGGAACUCGCCAGUGCCAAAGCUAAACGUGUUUAUAAAGUCGUCUUGACCGGAGGACCGUGCGGGGGAAAAACUACUGGGCAAAGCAGGCUGUGCACCUUCUUUGAAAACUUGGGAUGGAAGGUUUUCAGAGUGCCUGAAACUGCCUCAACCUUACUCAGCGGCGGGGUGAAAUUCGCCGAUUUGUCACCUGAAGAUGGCCCAAGCUCAGGGUCAAAUAAUGCAGAUAACGACCAUUUUACGGGGACUAGAUGCUGGACAAGCGAGACGAACUUGGGCCCGAGCCUUUCUGAUCGAUGUCAGCAGCGUGCUCCUUACCAAAGCGGCAGCGCUAUCACAUUUCAAGAAAACUUGCUGAAGACGAUGAUCCAAAUGGAGAAUACAUUUUUCGCUCUUGCUGAACAUUUCAACCGCGAUUGCAUUAUUAUUUGCGACCGGGGAACUAUGGACGCAUCCGCAUUUGUCUCAAAGGAAGUUUGGGAGCAGUUGAUGAAAACAAACGGGUGGAAUCCGGUUGAGCUAAGAGAUACGAGAUACAACCAGAUAAUCCACAUGGUAUCAGCUGCCAAAGGCGCUGAGGACUUUUACACUACUGAGGAUCACUCUUGCCGGAGUGAAAAUCUGGAUUUGGCUCACACACUAGAUGAUCGUGCGGCUGAAGCUUGGAUUGGCCAUCCUUAUUUUGACGUUAUCGACAAUUCGACUAAUUUCGAUACUAAACUCCGUCGCAUGAUUAGCGCCGUAUGUCAGCGAAUGGGUCUGGACACUGGAGACCGUUUGGAAACCAACGCUAAGAAGUUCAAGUUCUUAGUUCGUUCAUUGCCCGAUGACAGUAUGUUUCCUCCUUUUGAGGAUUUUGACGUCAUUCAUGACUAUUUACAGACCAAUUCAAAGAAGACGCAAGCUCGCUUAAGAAAAAGAGGCCAAAAAGAUCGCUGGAGUUACACCUUAACUGUACGUCGGCCGGAAGUACGUGGCCAAGUGGUAGAGAUCAAGACUCAAAUCACCAGCAGAGAUUACACUAACAUGCUGGAGCAACGUGAUCCUUUUCACCUAACCAUUUUAAAGAAGAGACGUUGCUUUCUCUAUCACAACCAGUAUUUCCAACUGGAUAUUUACAAAGAGCCUUGCCAUCCAAGAUGCCACGGCCUAGUGUUGUUGGAAACGUAUACGACGCAAUCGUUGGAGGAAUUCCAAGCUAAUAAAUUGCCCGAUUUCCUUGACAUUGUCGAUAACGUGACGGGCGAUCCGACCCACUCAAUGUACAACCUUUCUCUUAAAGAGGAAUGGUUAAAUAAUAAAAAAUUCUGCUUCAAACUUGCAGCCGACGACGAAGAUGACCUGACUGGAAGCCCUCGAACCAAUGGCUGGAUAGGACCACACGUUAAUGGAGUUUAGUAGCGAUUCUCAGCACAUACGGUCAAGGGCACGUUAAGUAACCGACUAUUAAAUCUGAUUCCUGUGAGUCUCAGUUCUUAUUCAAGUUAUUCUACUCACUAUAUCAACCCCCCCCCCCCCCCCACAUACAAA